UGGAUAUGGUUAUCAUUGCACUGUUAUUUGCAGAAUGGUGGAGCUCUGGAAUGACAAAUGGGUACUAGAGCUUCAACAGAGGGUUCUGAACUAAUACUAGCUUGGUCAGAACUGUCUGCCCAGCCUCGGGUUGCUAGAAAUCUUGAAAUGGAUGCCACAGAGUUUCGAAAAAGAGGAAAAGAGAUGGUGGACUACAUUGCAGAUUACAUGGAGAAGAUAGAGAAGCGGCAGGUUUAUCCUGAUGUCGAGCCAGGGUACCUGAGAUCCCUCAUUCCAGAGUCUGCUCCUGAAAAACCUGAGAGAUUUGAAGACAUCCUUAAAGAUGUUGAAAGGAUAAUUAUGCCUGGGGUGACUCACUGGCACAGUCCCUACUUCUUUGCCUAUUUUCCUACUGCCAACUCUUUCCCGGCUCUUUUGGGUGAUAUGUUAUCUGGGGGCAUAGGAUGCAUUGGAUUUUCAUGGGCUUCAAGCCCAGCUUGUACCGAAUUGGAAACAGUCAUGCUGGAUUGGCUAGGCAAGAUGAUCAAUUUGCCUCCGCAAUUUCUGGCUGGGAAGGAUGGAGAGGGAGGUGGGGUAAUCCAGGGGACUGCCAGUGAAGCUACCUUGGUUGCAUUGCUUGCGGCUCGAACCAAAGCAAUCCGUCGUGUUCAGUUAGAAAAUGAAAAUCUGACUCAGGGAGAGAUCAUUGGCCGGCUGGUGGCUUAUACCUCUGAUCAAGCUCAUUCAUCAGUUGAAAAGGAUGGCUUGAUUGCUGGAGUGAAAAUUAAACAAGUCUCCACAGAUGACUCAUUUGCUGUACGUGGGCCAACUCUAAGAAAAGUUCUAGAUGCAGAUAAAGCUGCUGGUCUCAUCCCAUUCUUUUUUUGUGCGACUCUUGGAACCACGACGUGCUGCUCCUUUGACAAUCUGCUAGAGCUGGGUCCUAUUUGUAACGAGGAGAAUAUUUGGAUGCAUAUUGAUGCAGCCUAUGCUGGAAGUGCUUUUGUCUGCCCCGAAUUUCGUUACCUUCUCAAUGGAGUAGAGUUUGCGGAUUCAUUCAACUUUAACCCUCAUAAGUGGCUCCUGGUGAACUUUGAUUGUUCUACUAUGUGGGUGAAGAAGAGAUCGGAUUUAACAUGUGCCUUUAAAAUAGAUCCUGUUUACUUGAAGCAUGAUCAUGAUGAAUCUGGAUGCAUUACAGAUUACAGGCACUGGCAGAUUCCUUUAGGUAGAAGAUUCCGUUCCUUGAAAAUGUGGUUUGUGUUCCGAAUGUAUGGUGUGAAUGGAUUACAAGAAUACAUCCGCAAGCAUGUUAGGAUAGCACAUGAAUUUAAGGACCUAGUGCUUCAGGAUGAUCGAUUUGAAAUUUGUGCUGAUGUCAUACUGGGGCUGGUGUGCUUCCGAUUAAAGGGCAGUAAUGAACUUAAUGAAGUGCUUCUUAAAAACAUAAAUGAUGCCAGGAAGAUUCAUCUUGUUCCAUGUCACCUGAGAGGAACAUUUGUACUUCGUUUUGCAAUUUGUGCCCGCACAGUGGAGUCUUCCCAUAUCCAGUUUGCCUGGAAGCAUAUCACAACAAUGUGCCUCCAUGGUGUUUCCACUGAAUGGGAUCUUAGGACUUGCUUGAUCCUCUAGAGCAAUGGUGUCAAACUCAGACAGAAUGUACAGGGCCACUAAACUGUACAUAAGGAUCCCUAUGGGCCACAUAUUGAUGUAAAAAACCACACAUUUAUUUAUUGAUUUAUUUUAUUAAUACAUCAACACAGUAAAAUCAGAUAGAAACUAAAUAUAACUAAUACAUAAAAAGAAAUGUAUUAUUACAAAUUUGACUAUUUGUUUUCAAUAUUUAUGUCUCUCUCUUUAUAG